UCUCGGCCGCUUAUUUGCUCCGUCGCGCGGCCCGGAUGUGGCGCACAGGAGCGCUGCCUGACAGACCAACAUGGCGCUGGCUCUCGCCUAGCGUUGCCCGCCGUUAUAACCCCAAUAAUCAUCGUUACAUGAGAGGAGCAGGAGCGACGGGACAUGUGAGCUCUUCGAUCCAGACGAGCGGAUUUGUCAGGGUUUUGCAGUAUGUUUGGGAAGAAGAAAAAAAGGCUGGAGAUCUCGGCGCCGUCAAACUUUGAGCAUCGGGUCCAUACUGGUUUCGACCCGCGCGAGCAGAAGUUCACUGGGCUGCCCCAGCAAUGGCAGAGCCUCCUGGCAGACACUGCCAACCGGCCAAAGCCCAUGGUGGACCCCUCCUACAUCACCCCCAUCCAGCUGGCGCCCAUGAAGAUAUCUCCCAAGAAGGUCCGGCCAUCCGAAACACCGUUGCCCAAAACAAUCGUGCGAGGGAACCGGCCGCCCAAAGACGCGUCCAUUAACGGCCUGCUGGAGGAGUUUGACAACGUAUCAGUGACGCGCUCCAAUUCGCUGCGCAAAGAGAGUCCGCCGGGGUCCCACCAGCCCGGCGCCAGCUCCAAACCAUCCAUGGGCCUUCGACCAGGCGGCCCCGAGGAGAACGGCUUCAGUCAUUACUACUCGCGCUACUCCUGCGACCUGGACUCCUCCAGCAGGGACUACUCUCUGGAUCCAAGCAAACAAGGCUUCCCCAUCGAUGGGGACUGGGCUCUAGGAAGGCACUAUCGCUUCACCAAACAAAAUGGCCACUCCCAUGGCCACCCUAUCCGCAGCCAUUUCUACCCUGACGCCAUGCCCCAAAAAUCAGACUAUGGCAAGCUUCCCCCUGACUAUCACACCUAUCUGGAGAGCAAGGGGCGCUCCACUGAUGAGGUGGCUUCCACAGCGGGGAGCGGUGUGGGCUCCAGCGGCUACUACCGGGCAUCUGUGGGUGGCUCAUCCAGCCAGGACUACCGGGACACGUCAGUAGGGACACCGUCGCGCGCUUCCCUACACAGCGAGCAGAUCAACUACCCAGACAGCGAGUGGAGCUAUGGUGCUAUGCGGGACGACUACGACAAGCGGCCCAAAAGCUCCUACGUGAUGCAGACCAGCCCCACACCGGCCAUAAGGCAACGGUCCCGCUCUGGCUCCGGGCUGCAGGAGCCAAAUGUUCCAUACGCGGCCAGCGGGGCCUUUAAGAACCCCGCCCAGGCCCACCCUUACAGCUCCUACACCUACCCUCGCCUGUCUGAGAGCCUCGCCACAUCUCAGACCAUCAACAAGGGUGAAUACGAGCGAGCGUCGCGGGACGGCAGCCCUCAGUUGGCGUCAGGUGACACCUACCCCCGCGGUGCCCUCAAGCUACCUCAGAACCACGCCAAGGCCCCUGGCUACCCACCAGUGCACCUGCCCUACCCACCUGUGUUCCACCACUACAAGCCCUCGCCCUACCACCAUCCCCCGUCCCAGCCCAGCCCACCUUACACCCCGCAGGGGGCCUAUUCCCAGCCUUCCUCCCCUUACGUUCUCCCAGGGGCAUAUCCGCCACCUUCCUGGGGCUCCAGCUCCGAUACACAGCCCUCCAGAGUGUCUCACGAGCAGUUCCGAGCCGCUCUUCAACUCGUGGUCAAUCCAGGCGACCCCCGAGAGUACCUAGACAGCUUCAUCAAGAUUGGCGAGGGCUCCACGGGCAUCGUCUGCAUCGCCAGUGAGAAGCACAGCGGCAAGCAGGUGGCGGUGAAGAAGAUGGACCUGAGGAAGCAGCAGAGGAGGGAGCUGCUCUUUAACGAGGUGGUGAUCAUGAGGGACUACCACCAUGAGAACGUGGUGGACAUGUACAACAGCUACCUGGUGGGGGACGAGCUGUGGGUGGUCAUGGAGUUCCUUGAGGGAGGCGCGCUCACCGACAUCGUCACUCACACCAGGAUGAACGAGGAGCAGAUCGCCACCGUGUGCUUGUCGGUGCUGAGGGCGCUCUCCUACCUGCACACUCAGGGCGUCAUCCACCGCGACAUCAAGAGUGACUCCAUCCUGCUGACCAACGACGGACGGAUUAAGCUGUCAGACUUUGGCUUUUGCGCCCAAGUAUCCAAAGAGGUGCCCAAGAGGAAGUCCCUGGUAGGGACGCCAUACUGGAUGGCGCCAGAGGUUAUCUCCAGAUUACCUUACGGCACUGAGGUGGACAUUUGGUCUUUGGGCAUCAUGGUGAUCGAGAUGGUGGAUGGCGAGCCCCCCUACUUUAAUGAGCCCCCCCUGCAGGCCAUGAGGAGGAUACGCGACAACCUACCCCCGCGACUAAAAGAGUCGCACAAGGUGUCGUCGGUGCUGCGCUCCUUCCUGGACCUCAUGCUGGUCCGGGAGCCUUCCCAGCGAGCCACGGCCCAGGAGCUCCUUCAGCAUCCCUUCCUCAAACUUUCGGGACCGCCUUCUUGCAUCGUCCCCCUCAUGAGACACUACCGCCAUCGCUGACCUUUGACACGUGUGCACAGCUGCCCUGCCCGAACAGGACCGACCCCACCCGCCUCGCGUGACACUUUGUAACCGUGACGUAGAUUAGCUGAAGGAUUAUUAACCACACAAAAAACACAUCAACUCUGAAGAGGACUCAAGGUUGUUAUGCACUUUGACAAACCUGAACAGGCCCCGCCCCCUUUUUUAAGACUGCACCUGAGAUGCUCCAAGGUGGGCGGGGCUUACAGAGAGUAGGCGUGGCUGCAGACCAGAGCAGCCGAGCGCUCAGAGAUCAUCCUCUCUCCUUGCAGUGAAAAAGUAUUUUAGAGCAAAGUGUAAAAUUUCCUGUACAGUUUUGAUAAUUUGCAGUAUUUUAUGGUGUUGUUGUGAUAUGAGAAGUAUUGCAUAGAGAUCUUUCCUACCGUUUAUAAUCCACUUUUUGCUGAACAAAUACAAUUAUACCAGAUAUCCCAAAUAAACCCACUUGAACCCAACUGUUACUGAAAAAAAAAGUACAUAUAUUUAUUAUUAUUAUCUUUGUAGACAGAACUUCCAUUAAACGUUGGGCAAAAAAGGGUCAUGUAAUUUGUAUUUUUGACCUUUUAAAGUAUUUAUUUAAUUAUUGGAAUUGUUUUUUUUUUGUGUCGUGUGGCCUUUUUUUUUAGGUCAUUGUUUGUUAAAUUUUAUAAAAAGCGUGAUGGUAAACAGGGAUAUGAUCAAAUGCACUAAAAAAUAUUUAAAAUGGGCUUAAUAUUGUUGUUUU